AUGGGGGUGAGGUGCCUGCUGCUCCUGGCUGUGCUCCUCUUGGCUGGGGAUCAUGGCGGGGAGGCGCAGCCGCUCGUGCCCGGGGUCUUCACGUUCGGCGACUCGUCGGUGGAUAUAGGUAACAACGACUACCUCCACACCCUCAUCAAGGCGGACUUCCCUCCCUACGGCAGGGACUUCCCCAACCGCGUGGCCACCGGGAGGUUUUGCAACGGCAAGCUGGCCACCGACAUCACUGCUGAUACACUGGGGUUCACGAGCUACCCGCCCGCGUAUCUCAGCCCGCAGGCGUCAGGGAAGAACCUUCUGAUCGGCGCCAACUUCGCAUCUGCUGGAUCAGGCUACUACGAUCACACCGCGCUUAUGUAUCAUGCCAUCCCUUUCUCCCAACAACUGGAGUACUUCAGGGAGUACCAAUCCAAGCUGACGGCGUUCGCUGGGAGCAGCCAGGCCAAGUCCAUCAUCAGUGGCUCAUUGUACAUCGUCAGCUUCGGUGCAAGUGACUUUGUGCAGAACUACUACAUCAACCCUCUGCUCUUCAAGACCCAGACCGUCGACCAGUUCUCGGACCGGCUCGUCAGCAUCUUCGUCAACAGCGCGACGCAACUUUACGGCAUGGGAGCGCGGCGCAUCGCGGUGACCACGCUGCCGCCCCUGGGCUGCCUCCCCGCGGCGAUCACGCUGUUCGGGCACGGGAGCACCGGUUGCGUGUCGAGGCUCAACAGCGACUCCCAGCGGUUCAACGGGAAGAUGAGCGCGGCCGUCAGCUCGCUGUCGAAGCGGUACCACGACCUCAAGAUCGCCGUCUUUGACAUCUACACGCCGCUCUUCAGCCUCGUCACCUCUCCUGGAGAUCAAGGUUCACGGAGGCGAAGCGGGGAUGCUGCGGGACGGGAAAGGUGGAGUUCACGGUGUUCCUCUGCAACCCCAAGUCGGUGGGGACGUGCUCGAACGCGUCAACCUACGUGUUCUGGGACGCCGUCCACCCGUCGGAGGCGGCCAACCAAGUGA